GUUAGUGGUAGGACGGUGUCACGGAGUGGGAUCUGUUUCUCAAGCUGUCUCCAAAUAAGUUUUAACAAACACACAUUAAAAGCCCAGAGCGAGUCACAGUGAGUCUCCGAGCCCGUACUGUAGCCCAGGACUGUCCUCCCCUCCGGCACUCACCCCCAUAACCCUCAGCAGCGGCCGCCCCUGGGUCUCGGCGGCUCCGCGGGGCCCCGGCGAGGCGCGGCGGGAGCAGAUGGAGCCUGCACCGGCGAAGGCGAAGCCGCAGGGCCGGCUCCUGGUGUCCACCCAGCUGGACGCCAAAGACGAGCUAGAGGAGAGAUUGGAGCGGUGUUCGGGAAUUGUCCAGGCGUUGAUCAAUGGGCUGUCGGAGAGAGAAGCUAACGAUGCACUCACUGCCAACGUGUGUAAAGGUCAGCAGCAGCAUGAGGAGGUUUGUCUGGGCCUCUUCACGCUGGUCCUCACAGAGCCAGCUCAGGCACAGAGGUGUUACAGAGACCUGACGCUGCUUAAUAGAGACGGGAUGAAUGUAGUCCUGGUAAAAAUCAACCAGAUACUGAUGGAGAAGUUCCUUAAACUGCAGGAUGUGCCCAGAACACAGCUGGUGUGGUUGGUCAGAGAACUAGUGAAGAGUGGAGUGGUUGGAGCUGACGGUGUCAUCAUGACACUUCUCAAACAGAUUGCAGGUGGAGACAUCUCCACCAAGAACCUGUGGUUGGCUGAGAGCGUCAUGGACAUCCUGCUUGACCAAAAGGAGUGGGUGUUGAAGAGUGGAAUGCUAAUAGCAAUGUCAGUCUACACUUACCUCCGCCUUAUCGUCGAUCACGGAGUCCCAAACCUGUUGCCUCUCCGCCAGAAAGAAGUUGACUUCUGCAUCAGCAUGCUGAGAGAGAAGUUCAUGGAGUGCCUGAUCAUCGGCAGAGAUCUGGUUCGUCUGCUGCAGAAUGUCGCUCGGAUCCCAGAAAUGGAGCUACUGUGGAAAGACCUGCUGCACAACCCACAAGUUCUCAGUCCUCAGUUCACUGGUAUCCUCCAGCUUCUGACAGCUCGGACCUCUAGGAAAUUUCUGGCUUGCCGACUCACGCCGGACAUGGAGACAAAGCUGUUAUUCAUGACCUCCAGGGUGCGUUUUGGGCAGCAGAAGCGGUAUCAGGACUGGUUUCAGAGACAGUACCUGUCCACAGCGGAGAGCCAGUCGCUGCGCUGUGAUCUGAUUCGAUACAUCUGCGGGGUGGUCCAUCCGUCCAAUGAGGUGCUGAGCUCAGAUAUCCUGCCACGCUGGGCUAUCAUCGGCUGGUUACUCACUACAUGCACGUCGAAUGUAGCUGCUUCUAACGCCAAGCUGGCUCUCUUCUACGACUGGCUUUUCUUUAACCCGGAGAAAGACAGCAUCAUGAAUAUAGAACCAGCGAUCCUGGUGAUGCACCACUCAAUGAAACCUCAUCCUGCCAUCACAGCCACGUUGCUGGACUUCAUGUGCAGGAUCAUUCCUCACUUCUUUCCUCCGUUGGAAUCUCAGGUCCGCCAAGGCGUCUGUAACUCGCUCACUUUCAUCAUGGAGAAGAGAGUGCUGGCUCACCUCGCUCCAUUGUUUGAUAAUCCAAAGUUGGACCGAGAGCUUCGAUCAAUGCUGAGAGAGAGAUUCCCCGAGUUCUGCAGCCCGCCAUCCCCCCCUACUGAAGUUAAGAUGGAAGAGGCCGCUUCCAUGGAGAUGGACAACCACGUGAUGGACAAGGAGGAGGGUUGCUAUGACAACACAGAAGCUGCUUUCAGCGAUGACGAGGAAGAAAUCAGCAGCAAAGGAAAGAAGAAAGAGUUUAGGUUCCAGCCCAUCAAAGAAGCUGUGAUUGAGGAGCCUGCUGACAUCACGCCCUGGCUCGACCAGUUAGACGACACGAUGAAGGACAAGGUCCAGCAGCUCCAGAAGACCAGUGACACAGAAACUCAGUGUGAGACAAUGCAAGAGAUUGUGGAUCUUAUUUUGGAGGAGGAUUUUGAUUCGGAGCAGAUGUCGGGUCUGGUCUCGUGUCUGGCUGAACUGUUUAAAGAUCAUUUCAGAGGAGACGUCCUCCCAGACGAGAUCACUGAGGAGCUGCUGGAGGAGUCGGUGUGCAAACCCUUCUGUCUGAUCUUCAGGAACCUGGUCACCAUGCAGGAGGACAACAGUGGCUUCUCAGUGCUUCUGGAUAUGUUAGCAGAACUUUACCAGAAGCAGCCAAAGAUCGGGUACCACCUACUGUACUACCUGAAAGCCAGUAAAGCGGCAAAUGGAAAGAUGAUGCUCUACGAAUCCUUUGCUCAGGCGACGGCUCUCGGUGACCUGCACACUUGCUUGAUGAUGGAUAUGAAAGCUUGUCAAGAGGAUGAUGUUCGGCUGCUCUGUUACCUCACACCCUCCAUUUACUCUGAGUUCCCGGACGAAACACUACGAAGUGGGGAGUUACUCAACAUGAUCGUGGCGGUUAUUGACUCUACGCAGUUACAGGAGCUGAUGUGUCAUGUGAUGAUGGGGAACCUGGUCAUGUUUCGGAAAGACUCUGUUCUCAACAUCCUCAUUCAGUCUCUGGAAUGGGAAACCUUUGAGCAGUACAGCACUUGGCAGCUUUUUCUGGCACACAGUAUUCCCCUGGAAACCAUCAUCCCCAUCCUGCAGCACCUCAAAUACAAAGAACAUCCGGAAGCCUUGUCCUGUCUCCUGCUCCAGCUCCGCAGAGAAAAGCCGAGUGAGGAGAUGGUAAAGAUGGUGCUGAGUCGGCCCUGUCACCCAGAGGACCAGUUCACCACGAGCAUUCUGAGACACUGGGCGUCCAAGUAUGACGAAACGCUGGGAGAACACAUUAAAGCCCAGUUAAUCAAGAACAACAACCAGCCUCGUAAGAGGCAGAGCCUUCGUAGUUCCAGCAGUAAACUGGCUCAACUCACCCUGGAACAGAUCUUGGAGCACUUGGACAACCUGAGAUUGAGUCUGAGCAACACCAAGAACAACUUCUUUACUCAGACACCAAUUCUUCAGGCUCUGCAACAUGUUCAGGCCAGUUGUGAUGAAGCUCAUAAGAUGAGGUUUAGUGAUUUAUUCGCCCUAGCGGAGGAGUACGAGGACUCUCAGUCAAAGCCUCCAAAGUCUCGGCGAAAAGCUCCAGCCUCGUCCCCCCGCUCCAGGAAAGGAGUAGCACCGCCCACCAACAACGAGGAGGAGAGUGGCUCCAGCAGCGCCUCCGAGGAGGAGGACUCCAAGCCCAAAGCUCCGAAGAGGAAACGGAAAGGCUCGUCUGCUGUAGGCUCUGACAGUGACUGAUGGACCUUCUGACCAAUCACACGCCAGCAUACAGAGACCACCAUCCAACCAGUUGUGUGACCACUUGAAGAGGCCCCAAGGUGGGGCUCAGAGACAAUGCAGACUUUUAAUCCAUGUUGGGAACCGACUUUCAUAUGAAGAGACUGAUUCUGUUUCCAUGGAGACGAGUACUGACUACUGGGCUCUGAUUUAGCAGGACAAGGUCAUUGAUUGGCUGAUUUCCCAUGAUUCUCUGGGAGAGGACACCACAAACUCUUGAACCCAAUGGGCUGAUUUUAACAGAAUACACAAUGACAAUAAUGAUGAGUGCAACCCCUGUUUUUUUGUUUUCCUUUUUUUUUCUCUUUCCCCUGCCUGGGGGAGGACUUUAGACUCUUAUUGUGGAGGAUUCUGACUUCCUGCUGUUUUUAGCAGCUCCAUCCUGUUUGUCUCACUGCAGUAAAAGCUCCUCAUCUGUUGCUACAUCAUGUCAAGAUGAAUUCUUUACAUAAAAACUGAUGGUUUCAGGGUGUCAUACGUCUGUUACUUGGGGUGGGGGUGGGUGGUCACUGUGGUGCCACAGUCAGUCAUGUUAAAGUCAAAUGGAUUGUGCUGUGGAUCUUGGGAUUCUAAACAUUGUUUAACUUUUGAUAAAAACACAAACAUUUCGAUCAAUACAAAGUUGUUUUAUAGUCUAUGCAUAUUUUACAUUGUUCCAUUUUAGGAUUUUUAAAUUGAAAUCAGGAUCCGCCGUACAAAGAAAACAGCAGAGGUUUUGUGUCUGAGUUUAAUUUUCAUUAUGAAGCCUUGUUUGGUUCAGUGGACUGUCUAAAGGGCAUGAAAUAUAAUAAAUGGAGUAAAAGUGAUGUUUGCAGAAGAUCCAUAGAAAGCUACGAACACUAAAAUCAAGAGGAAUCAAAAACAAAGACUGAUGAGAUGUUCACAUGGUCAUAUUUUUUUAAAUAAAUUAUCUGAAGAAAAUUUGAGGCACUUAUUCAGACUGUCAAGCUCAAAUUGAGUUAAUUCAAAAUCAAUUCUUAGACAUAAAAAGUGUUUUCUUUACUAUUUAAAUGAGUCUUCUCAUGGCAACAAACCACAACACGAAAGGAUGAGGUAACUAAGAAUAUUUUUUAAAUAAUUUGUAGUAUGAUAACACCUCCGUGGUAUCUUGUCUAACUGCUAAAUGCUCAAGCCUGGUUGUAGAAUUUGGGGUUAGUUCGUUUUCAAUCAUUUUGAUUUUUUUUUUUUUUUUUUUUUUUUUUUUAUAGGUUUUCUAAGGUUUAAGAGUUGUUUUUUUAUUAUUAUUAUAGGAAAACAGUGUCUUAAAUCUGUGCAAUAUCUACAAUGAGAAAAGUUGAAUGGCUUGGUCUGUCAGUGGGGAAAACUUUCUUAAAACGUCUUUAAUUCAAUGGCGAUGUAACGUUUUUUGACAAUAUUUUAAGAGUGAUACACUGUAAAAUUUGUUAGUUUUCAAAAUGUGGAAAACAGAAAUUCUGGGAUCAUUAACAGGUUUAAAGUCACCUUUGAAUUUGGACACUGAAAAUAUUUUUCCUGUUUAGUUUUAUUUUCUUAAUGUUUUCUAUAUCAAACAGUUUUAAAUUGUUUAUGAAAACUCAGCAAGAAUAUCAGGUGUGACUUCAAUAAAAAUGUUAUUGUAAAGUGCUUUUACAAAUGGGUGGAUCCAUUUUAAAAACAAAAAAAUCAAAUGCACAAUAGUAUAAUAAUUAUAGUAUAGGAUUUUUUUAUUUUAGGUUGGGUUUUUUUUAAACACCUGAUUGUAAAAACAAAAGUGCAGUGUAUAAAUGAUGGUGGUAGUGCUCCACUCAGAGGAGAUUAUGUCUUGUGUAUACUUGU